AUGCCAGGAACACUGAUUUUGAUCAGACAUGGCCAAUCGCUGUGGAACAAGGACGACCGAUUUUGUGGAUGGGUCGACAUCAAACUCAGCGAGACGGGAAGAGAGCAAGCUCGUCACUCGGCCAAGCUGAUCUUAGAGUCCGGAUACGUGCAACCCGACAUCUGUUUCACGUCGAGACUGUCGAGGGCCAUAGAGAGUGCUAAUAUUAUACUGGAGGAGAUGAACUGCCAGUAUAUCGACGAGGUUAAGUCCUGGAGGCUGAACGAGCGCCAUUACGGCAAGCUCCAGGGCGAGCCAAAACAUCACAUAUUGGAGCUGUAUGGCAAGGAAAAGUACCAAUUUUGGCGACGCGCCUUCACGGGGUGUCCUCCAGCGGUGAACCCAGGCGACAAGUACUACUGCAUCGACGACCGGCGAUACGCAAAGGUGGCACAGGACGAGCUGCCCCGUGCCGAGUCGUUGCAGAUGGUGACUAAGCGGCUGCUUCCCUUCUACAACGAGCACGUCGUGCCGCACCUGCAGGCCGGCGAGACGGUUCUCAUGGUGACACACGGCUCCAUUGUGCGCGCUCUGGUCAAGCAUCUGUAUGCGAUCGGCGACGACGCGAUCAGCUCGGUGAACAUCCCCAACGGGAUCCCCAUGGUGAUCAAGUUCAACUCGGCCAUGGCGCCGGAAACUGACCACUUCGAGUUUCUCGACCCGGAAAGAGCCCGCGUCGAGGCAGAAAAGAUCGCCAGACAGGGUUUCGAAAAGAGUAAAUAG